AUGCUAUUCAUCUUUGCUUUAAUAUCUGCUGCUUGUGUUUCCAUUGUAAAUGCAGAUAAUUACGCUACUUACCCUCAAGUCCCGAAAACUGCUUCAAUCAACGGGUUUGCUGAUCCAAUUGUGGAUUUGUUACCUGCCUGUGCCAAAGAAUGUGUCAGAUAUAGUACCAGCAAUACACCCUGUCCCAAGUGGGAUACAGGGUGUUUAUGUGUUAUGCCCCAAUGGUCUGGGGAAGUUGCUGAAUGUAUUGCCCAAAACUGCACUGGCUCCGAUGUUCAAAGUGCUAGAUACUUGGCCACUUCAUUAUGCUCAACGGUAGGUGCUAACACCUGGAUGAUGCCUGGUUCUAUUUCAACCAUGUUAUCAACUGCUGCCGAUGGUGCCAAAGAGGUAACUACAAUUUCAAGAGAGACGACUAAGUCGUGGGUUAUUGCGUCUGGAAGCUCCGAUACUAAUGUUAUCUCGGAGACAGCCUCUGCUGAUUCGGAAUCAGGAUCUUCUGGAAAUAGUACCAACAGCUCUACGUUGGACUCAUCUUCAUCGACAACCUCUGUUGCUACUAGCUCUACGUCAAACCUUGCCGUUUUACAAACUGGUAGCUUAGGAGGUGCCCUCAUUGGUAUUUUAGUUAGUUUACUUGUAUAA